GUCCGUCGGCGGCGUCAGCUCAGCAGCCUCCAUAUUCCAUAACCCAAUCAAGGGCCGGAGUGGACCUUCGCCUCCGCCCGCAACCGCGCGAGCUAAACCCGACCCAGCAAUCGGGCCACCGCCCCUUUCAUCUCCGAUCCGGAUCUCCCCACCCGCUCCGGCGAGCCAUCGCUGCGUCGCCUCCACUCGACCGACUUCCCCGUGGCUGCGCGCGCCAAGUCCUAGGCUUUGCCCUUCAUUUACCUAUUUGACUAUCUGCUCCCGAGCCCAGCAAACCCUAAACGCACCGCCCAUGGACGUAGAGUCCGACGGGCGAUUCGGGAAUAAGCGCGUGCACAACCGCCUCGGCCCGGGCUCUGGCGCCGCCCCCUCGUCUACCACCGGGAAGGUCUGCAAUUUCUGGCGCUCCGGGCGGUGCAACCGCUUCCCCUGCCCCUACCUCCACAGCGAGCUCCCCGAGGCGGCCGCGCCCAAGCGCAGCGCUGGACCCGGGGGGAACGUCUGGCGCAAUCCCAACUCUGGAGGACGAGGAGGAGGCAGCGGCGGCCAGAAUAGAUGGGGGAGGGGCCCUGGAGGCGGCAGCGGCGUCGCAAGCCACAAGCCGCCCGACAGGCCCUGCAAGUUCUUCCUCGCCGGCGAUUGCACCUACGGCGAGAGGUGCCGCUAUCCCCACAGCUACUGCAUAAGCGAUAGCAUCACGAUGCUCACCCCGCUCAAGGGCCACGAGAAGGUUGUUACAGGAAUUGCGCUGCCCACCGGGUCGGACAAGCUGUAUUCUGGGAGUAAGGAUGGAACUGUUCGCAUGUGGGAUUGCCAAACCGGGCAGUGUGCCGGUGUCAUCAAUAUGGGCCAUGAGGUUGGGUGUAUGAUCAGCGAGGGGCCGUGGUUGUUUGUUGGAAUGCCUGAUGCUGUGAAGGUCUGGAAUAUGCAAACAGCAGCGGAAAUGAACCUUACUGGGCCAACUGGGCAAGUAUAUGCGCUCGCUGUUGCCAAUGAGCUACUCUUUGCUGCAACACAAGAUGGGAGGAUUUUGGCAUGGAAAUUUAAUGCCGCAGCGAACUGUUUUGAACCCGCUGCUUCUCUUGUUGGCCAUAAGCUUGCUGUUGUUUCAUUAGUAGUAGGAGCCAUGAGGCUUUAUUCCGCUUCGAUGGAUAAAACCAUAAGAGUGUGGGAUUUGGCAACAUUGCAGUGCAUACAGACUCUUUCUGAUCAUACAGAUGUUGUUAUGUCUGUGCUUUGCUGGGAUCAGUUUCUAUUGUCUUGUUCUUUGGAUCAAACAAUAAAAGUCUGGGCAGCUACAGAGAGUGGAAACUUAGAAGUAGCAUAUACACACAAAGAGGAGCAAGGUGCACUUGCUCUCAGUGGUAUGCCUGAUGCACAGUCAAAACCUGUGAUGCUAUGUUCGUUAAAUGACAACACGGUCCGCCUAUAUGACCUGCCAUCGUUCAGUGAUAGGGGCAGAAUUUUCUCCAAACAGGAAAUUAGGGCAAUACAAAUGGGUCCUGGUGGUUUAUUUUUUACUGGGGAUGGAACUGGUGAGCUGAAGGUUUGGCAAUGGAUAAUAGACGGAUCCCAAACCUGAUGAACAUAUUUUUCUAGAUUAGUUUUCUCAUGUAUUUUAUGAGGAAUUUCUCACAAAUAUGCAUAAUGAGUUGAGGUGUGGUUGACGGCCAGUUCUUUUUUUGUGAUAUGUCCUACAUUUAUUCGCCAAGGAUAUGAGAUUCAGUUGAUCUGGCUUGCAGUUGGAACUUGGAAGUACAAGCAGAGUCUUGUGUACUAUGGCCUGUAGUUUUGUCCUCGAUUGAAUUUCACGUCAGGAGAACAAUUGCUUGUAAUUUGUAAAGCACUGGAACCAGCAAGAAUCUGAUGAUUGCUCGGAGGUGCUGAAAAUUUCAGAAGGAUGUGCUAAUAUAAACGUUUCGGCUGCAUUUGUAUAUGGGGAAUGUUUUUCUCACAGCAGUAUCAUUUUUUUCGUUGUUUGAGGACUCUGAGCAUCUCGCUCUUUUCAGAACUGAUGAGUGAUCAUUUUUUUCAAAGGGAUCAGCUUCAGUUCUUCCAACCUCAUUUGGCAUGGUGGAUGGCAGCAAGUGAGCAGCACCAAGUAUUCGGGAAUUCCAGACCAAUUUGUACCUAUAUUUAUCUCGAUGUCUGUCUGGGUAGCAGCCAGACUUUGUUGGUGGUACUCUUAUCUACUUGUAAUCGCUCAAUUGUUGUGGACAAAGUGGUGCUGGAACUGCUCUUGGUUUGCAUGCGUCUCUGGAACAGAAAUUGGAACAACAGCUUUAUGUGUA